GCAAGGUUUCACCUGGUGCCAAAACAUGUGUCUCUAGCCUUUUUCUCUUUAUAUUUUCCUUCUCAAACUAAUGGGAAAGGCAAACAACAAAACGCUAAUCCCUCCACCUCUCUCUCUCUCUCUCUUUUUCUCAACGGCUGCUCCAAGGCGAAGGAAGCCCUCUCCGGUCUCAUCAGUCUUCGCACUCCGGUGGCAGUGGAUGAACUUGCGUUGCGGUUGUGGGUAAAGCUUAAAGCUCUUGCACUCGCACGUGGGGUGUGGUCGAUAAAUUUUUUCUCUCUCAUGGAUGGAGACGCAUCCAAUCGUGCUUCAAGCUUUCCAUGGAUUUGGGCCAUUGAAGUUCUUGCGAGCCUUAAGCAAGUGGACGUUUCUGCUUUACAUGAUUUGAUUGAAUUGGCUCCAGACUUAGAUGAUGAUUUAGGGAAAAACAUGAGGGAAAUGUUGGCUUUGAGAUGUUUGGAGUCUUUAUGUGGUCCCACUAAUGAAGUCAAUAAGGGUCAUUCAAAAGUCGGGUUUGAUUUUUCAGAAAGUUGUGAAGAUGUUCUCCAACACAUAAUGCACGAGAAUUCAUUAUCAGAUCUUGAAAUGCUCAAACCGGAGCUCGUAAAAAGGGAUAUUCGCGUAAAAAGGGAUCUUCGCCCCUUUAUUAUUCGUAAAAGAGCUUGUAUGCCUAAACUAGCCUUACAACAGCUGAAAGAUUUAAUUCUCAAAGGUAUUCAUCCAAAUGCUGAUUCCCUGAAGGACAGGAGUGGACUGGAAUUUACAAGUGCAGGUGGUGGAAUUCCUGUGAAUAAUGGCAGUCACAAUGCACUUACACAUGGAGUUGAUGGGAGCUUCCUCAAUGCACAACAAAUGGGAGUAAAAGGGAACUUGAUACCUAGAAUGCUUGAGAAUGAGAAUAAGCUAUUGGAAAAAGAUCCAUGUAAUGGAAAUUUAUUACUUUCCAAGAGGGGAAGGAAUGAAUCAGCUACUGAAAAUAUAGUUAGAGACUUCCAUGAAAACCAAAAUAUUUUAAAUGAUUGUGACGAUCUCCACUUAACUGCCAAAAAGCAGAAGCAAUGUGACUCAUCUGGAAUUCAUUCCAUAGAAGAGAAUCCAGUACCACUACAUCCAACAGAACUAUUAGAAGAUUCUUCUGCAAGAGUUAUGCCAGUUAUUGAAAGACAAGUUUGUGACUUGGCAAAAGAUCAGAUAGGAAAUCUGAAAGAAGGCAGGGUUCUAGAGGAUGGUCAAGAUGAGCAUACUGCCUUAGUGAGAUGUGGGCAUAACAGUGAGGAUGAAUUCCAUCAUAAUCAGUCAAAGCCUCCUGAUAGUGCCACGAUGAUGCGCUCUCAAUGCAUGUAUAGUCAUGAUUCCUUAGCAUCAGCUGGUUCUACAGACCAAAAGUUGUGCAUGAGGUGUAAUGAAGGGGGUCAAUUGUUAGUUUGUAACACAAGUAAUUGUCCGGUGAUGGUUCAUGAGAACUGCUUGGGUUUCUCACCCAGAUUUGACAACAAUGGCAACUUUUACUGCCCCUACUGUGCAUAUUCCCUUGCUAUUUCAGAGUACCUUGAAGCUAAGAAAAAGGUGUCCUAUGCAAGGAAAGAACUAGCUAAAUUAUUUCAAAUGGGUUUGAAGCAUCAGCCAAAGGAAGUCAUCGAGAGGUUGCAUAGAGAAUAGCAUUUUCUUCCUGGACAAAGGAAAUGAGGAUCUU